AGAUUAGACUCAGAAGCCGGGGGGCUCUAAUGGCCGCCAUUGAGGCGAAACCUUUGCGCAGGGAAGAAAACAUGCGAUUGGAAUUCAGGAAAACUUUUCGACAAAUGCAAAAACUUAAAGAAGAGUGUUGAAAUUUUAAACAGGAGACUUACAUAAAGUUUUGCAAAGCAAGUGCAGUUUUCUUUCCAUCAGUUUUCAAAAUGAAAAGAAAACUCUCAUCCGGAGAGAUCAGAGAAAGCGAAACGAAAGACAUCCCGGAGCAAGCACUUCAAUCUGUGAAAGAAGAAAUUGGAUUGCCAGUAAAGCCAAAACGCCCUCAGACAGCAUACUUCCAAUUUCUAGCAGAUUUUCGAUUCAAAGUCAAAGAUAUAACUCUAAAAGAGGGUGAAAAAAUUCCAUGCCUUGCUGCAAGAGACUGGCAGAAAAUGACUGAAAUUGAGAAAAAACCAUAUAAAGAUAAACUAACUGAAAAAUGGAAAAAGUAUGAAGAAGACCUAGCUGAGUACAAAAAGGAAGUUUUGAGGAUUGAGCAGAAUAAUUUACAGGAGCAAAUGAAAAAUGAUGUUGAGGAACCCUGCAAGACUGAAGAUGGGGAGAACUCAAAGAUCCUUGCAGUGACUGAAGGAGGGGAUUCUUCUAAUGAUACCGUUGAAAAUAGCACUCUUGAAAUGGAAAAAGUUGCUGAAAAUUCAGACAAGCAACCAAACUUGGAUGAAGGAGAUGUUCAGUGUAUUUGCUGUGGUGCAGUUUUGGAAGAAUCCUAUGCUAUAUGGUUUAGAAAUAGAUAUUAUUGCUCCAAAGAAUGCUUGCCUGAGGAAACAAGUAGAGGAUACAGACUGGGAAAGAUUAUCAAAAGUGGGGGCAAUUAUCUCGACAGAAAAGAAAGAAGACAAACAAAAUUUUCAGCCUUUGCUGUCACAGGGGUAAAAGAAGCUGCUGGGUGCCCUACGCCUGGAUGCAACGGCAAAGGCCAUGUUAACGGAAAAUAUUCUUCCCACAGAGGUGUUUUGAAUUGUCCGGUUGCACAGAGGGAAUUCAAAAAGAAAAGCCACAGAUCUGAUUCCGUGGAUUCUAAAGAAUCAGAAAGUAACAAGUGCCCAACACCGGGAUGCGAUGGAUCUGGCCAUAUAAAAGGUGGAAUGUUUUCAUCCCAUAGAAGUUUGUAUGGUUGUCCAAGAAGAAAUUCUUUUUCAAAAGAAUUUGACUUAGAAAGCCGGGGAUCUACAGAUUCACUGGCCUCAUUCGCAUCUGACGCUGUUUCCAAAAGAGGCAAAGGAACAAACCGUGGACGUGGAAGAGCGCGUGCUGCUUCUGAGUGUGCAAUGGAAGAUUUGAAAGAAAUCCCUAACGAAAAUUCAUUGGAUGCAAGCAUGGAGGAGAUCUUUGAUGAAUCUGUGUCGAGUGAAGAGCUUGAAAGGUUGGAUAAUUCUGGUGAGGUAAUGAAUCCUUUAAGUAGCGUUGAUGAGAAGAAACCUCGUGGAAGAGGAAGAAGCAAGAAGCGAAGCAGCAGCAAAGAUUCUUUGUGGGACAUCACAGAGGGGGAGGGAAAUGUACUCAGGUUGAAGAGGAAGUCUUCGAAUGCAAGGUGCGAGUUUCCUGGUUGCAGUGGCGAAGGACACGUUACAGGCAAAUUUAUCAAGCAUAGAAGUCUCUACGGGUGCCCAUUAGCAGCCAAACUAAGUAAAGAGACAGGUCUGUACUUAAUUUUAGCAUCAGUUUCUAAUUGAGUCAGUGUAAUAGCUUCUCGGUUUUCAAUUUCCGUCCAAGAACUACUGCUGUUUCUGCUAAGAUGUGGUGCUAGAGGAGGGUUAAUGGGCUAGAACCCCCGUUGGAGCAUGUUACCCCUUAAGGAGAUCAAAAGUCAAACUUAUUGUUGUAUUUGUAGGAAUUGGCUUGCUUGUCCGAUUUUUUUAGUCUUUAAACCUUAUUUUGUUUUAGACAGGGGUUCUCAUUUCUGCUUUAUGAAUCGUGAUUAGGAAAAUUUAUCUUCUUCAUGUCUCAAAUGGUAGUUGUAUGUUUUGCAUCAGCAAGUCCUUUGAAAAUCAACCAUGCUGUGUAGCUAUGCUUCUUAGAAAAUGGAAUUGAUUUAGAAGUCAAUUAUAGACCAGAAUAGUCAAUGAGAUUCGAAUUGGACCUUUUCUAAAUGCUAAUGGGUUUUAAUACACUUUAGCAAAUGACAUUAAUUUAUAUUUAAUUUCUUCUAUUUCAUGCAAUUUUCCUUUGACUGAUGAAUUGCUGUGUUUGCAGAUGGCUGUCCUUACCCUGGUUGUGAUGGCGUCGGUCACGUUGUACCAGGCC